AGGGAAGCGGAAAUGAUUGACUUCUUCGUUAACAGGAGCAGAAUGUAUUACAGUUUAUCGCUUCAUUAAAGAUUAUUAUGACUUGUUAGUUAUUGGGAACAAACACUCAUAUAGCAUCAUCAAACCACCAGUCUGCAAGUAUGACGAAUGUGUACUCUUUCGAUGGGAUCCUGGUGUUUGGGCUACUGUUCAUUUGCACUUGUGCGUACCUUAAAAAGGUGCCUCGGCUCAAUGGCUGGCUGCUCUCUGAGAAGAAAGGGGUGUGGGGCGUCUUCUACAAAGCUGCAAUAAUUGGGACAAGGCUACACAUUGCUGUGGCCAUUUCCUGCUUGGCCAUGGCAUUCUAUGUUGUCUUCUUGAAAUGAUAGUCAGCCUGGACUGGAAAGGACUGGAAGGCUACAGGUUGGGGAUGGACUCAUUCCUGUGGUCAUAUGUUAAUCCUUGCUGGAGGGGAUACUGCUCAGUACAGAUGAAACCCCCAGAGGUUGUGUGGAUCCUUAUAAAAGCCAAGCCAUUGCUGCCCCCUUCUGAUGACUAGGUACACAACUCUUUCCUGGAUGAAACGUGUGCACUACAAACAAAGGGCAGCCCUUGUGACUAUUCUCUGUACAGAGAAGGGCCUUGCUGGUUCACAUCAUCGUGGUGUUGGGUAAUACUGUUCACUGUCUUCAUCCACACCAGUGAUCAUUUUUACUGAAGGAAGCUGAAGAUUGAAGGGCAAAGUGUGCAUUAAACAUUUGACCUGUUUAAAUUAGCUUAGUUGUAUAUAUGUAGGGGGGGAAGAUUUGAUAUCUCAGCUAUGCUGUUGUUUCUCUGUAUGUUUUCUGUCUUUGGUGGAGGGGAAGAUAAACAAAACUAAUAUAUACAAAUGUCCGUGUCUACACUAUAUUUAGCUUUUUUAAAUCCUGUAUCUUUUCUCAAUAUGCCAGAUGAUCAUAUCCUGAAUGUUUCCUUUGGUUUGAAAUACACAUUUUGCACAGGCAUAGGUUGCAUACAUAAUUUUUGUCAUCUAAAUGUAAUCUGAGAAAAAAAAGUUUUUGUUGUUACAAACUGGGCUACAUAUUUGGGCAACAGAGGUCUACCAGAACUGCAAAAUGUCACAAAACAUUACAAAUUAAAUCAAAUUUGGAGUGUCAUAUUUGUCUGAGGAUGAUGCCAAAUAGAAAUGACGCUUGAACCGUUUUAAUAAUUUGCUGUUUUUCUGACUUAACAUUAUAAUCCUGCUUUGUACUGCUAAACAAAUCUAAAUUGUUUUAAAUGGAUUUAAUACGAUUUUGAGUAAAAUGUUAAAUACACAGCUUCUGGUUUUGGUCUUAAUAAAACAAAUGGCCUGAAUUCCAGUGCUUGUAAAACAUUGCCACCCAUGACUAAAGAUUUUUAUUUUGUUAUAUAGUAAGCAAAUUACAAAAUAACACACACACCUAAACAAAUUUAGACAGUUUUGUGUCAUCAUGUGUCAAACCAUGUUAGCAGUUUUUAAGAUUUGUAACAAUGACACAAUUAAAAUGUUUUUCUUCAUG